GAGAGCAUUCUGGGAAAAUCAGCCUAUCACACCUUUUCUUUUCUCAAAAUGAUGUAGAGUAGAAAUAAAUAAAUAAAUAAUAACUCCCAUUGCAGCUUACUGUACUUGUACAUGGAACAAUUAGAACAGUUUUCUACCUGACAUCUUGGACUGAUUUUUUUUUUGGACCAAACUAACAACUCAGUCUCAACAUCCAUUGGAUGGAUUGGUGUAAAAUUUAGUGCAUGUAUUUAUGGGGCCCAUACGAUGUAUCACACUGUCAAUCAUGAUACCUUGACUUCUCCUUCUCCACCAUGAGGUUGACAUUUUUGUUACAGAGGACCAUGAUAAGGGGUACACACAUUCACGUCUCCCUCAGGAUGAAUUGUAAUCACUUUGAUGAUCCCCCUGACUUUUACUCUUGAACCAUCAUCACAGUCAAAAUGUUAAUUUAGUCCAAUACUUACAGUUGCUCUAUGCAUAGCUUUGCCUACGCACAGCCUCACAGAGCUGCUGGCAUGGCUGACUCUUAGUCUUGUUUUCUUUGUUUGUUCUUGUUUGCUUAUUUUGUCAGAAAUGUCAGUAAAAGUCUGAUCAAAUCACCACACCCAAUCCUGAUGAAGCAGAUUAGCUUGAGUCAUUGCUUUGUACGGUCCUUUGAACACACAAACCGACCUAUAAAUUCUCUCAUUUGCUGGGAGAUUUUCACUUUCAACUUUUUCACCAACUUCUGGAUUCCUGCACAGUCUUUCUAAUCAAGUUUGUGCCGUGGAUGUGGUCCGUAAUGGGGGUGCCCGGGGGUUUGUUGUUGCUCCUAAUUUUGCAGAUUUUUACAGAAGGCAUUUCAGUGACAUAUGUCUCCAGCUGUGAUUCGUGUCAUGAUGAAGCAACCUGCCUGGAGUCACGAGAAAGAGGCGACUCUUUCACCACCCACUCUUGUGUCUGUAAAGAUGGCUUUGUAGGCGAUGGUCUCAGCUGUUACAAUACAAAACUCUGCAGUGACUCCUCUUGCUGUAGCCGAGGUUAUCACUGGUCACCAAACAGCGGCUGUGUGGACACUGACGAGUGCUCCCUCCCAGACCCACCCUGCAUGGCACCUCAGGUUUGUCAAAACACCCAAGGCUCCUUCGAAUGCCUGGAGCCUUCCUCCAGGACCAAAUCAGGCCCCUCUUUCCAAUCUGUCUAUUUCGGCUGUGGACAUACAGUUUGUCCUUUAGGUAUGGACUGCAUCAGUAAAAAUGGGACUGAGCGCUGUGCUGAUCCCUGCGAGCACUAUACAGUACUGAAUGAUGACUGGCGUGCAACAAACAACACAUCAAAUCAGAUCCUACACUGUGACCGAGAUAUCAACUGGAACGGCUGGUAUCGCAUGUUUCUGGGGCAAACCAGUGCUCAUAUUCCAGAGAAGUGUGUGGGUGAAAACAAAUGUGGAACCCAUGCUAGUAUGUGGAUAACCGAACCUAAUCCCACACAGUCAGAUGAAAUUGUAAUUCGCACUGUGUGUAAUGCCUGGAGAGGCAGCUGCUGCUAUUUUACCUCAAACACCAUCCAUGUCAAGCUCUGCUAUGGAAACUACUAUGUCUACAAACUUGUGAGGCCAUCCACAUGCAACCUUGCAUACUGCGCAGAGGUGAACAGAACCAGCCCGACAGUUUUACCAACUACACCUCAUCCACCACCUCAGAACUUCACCACAGAUCAGGUGGAAACAGCAGGCACAACAACAGCAGGCAACAGCACAGCAGUUGAGGGGCAGGUCCGUCUGGCCAAUGGAGGAAACAGCUCCUGCUCUGGCAGAGUAGAGAUCUUCCUCCGUGGACAGUGGGGGACAGUUUGUGACGAUUUCUGGGAGCUGGUUGAUGCUCAGGUGGUGUGUAGACAGCUGGGCUGUGGCAGGGCUCUGUCAGCACCACAAGGUCCACGCUUCGGACAGGGCAGCGGGCCCAUCUGGUUGGAUGAUGUCACAUGCACAGGCAAUGAAUCAAAGCUCAGCGAGUGCAGCCACAGAGGGGUUGGAUCUCACAACUGUAAUCACAAUGAGGAUGCUGGUGUGGUCUGUGAAGCUGGUUCACCAGUGAGGCUGGUCAACUCUGACAACCGGUGCUCUGGCAGAGUGGAAGUCUACCAUGGUGGACAGUGGGGGACAGUGUGUGACGAUAGCUGGGACCUGAGGGAUGCCAACGUGGUGUGUAGACAGCUGGGCUGUGGCACAGCUCGUUCAGCACUAACAAAUGCAGCUUUUGGACAGGGCAGUGGACCCAUCUGGUUGGACGAUGUCAGCUGUUCUGGAAAUGAAUUAUCAAUAACAGACUGCAGACAUCAAGGGUUUGGGGUCCACAACUGUGGUCACUUUGAAGAUGCCAGCAUCAUCUGUGCAGUUCAACCAGAACUCAACAGCACAGUUUUACCAACCACACCUCGUCCACCACCUCAGAACUUCACCACAGAUCAGGUGGAAACAGCAGGCACAACAACAGCAGGCAACAGCACAGCAGUUGAGGGGCAGGUCCGUCUGGCCAAUGGAGGAAACAGCUCCUGCUCUGGCAGAGUAGAGAUCUUCCUCCGUGGACAGUGGGGGACGGUUUGUGACGAUUUCUGGGAGCUGGUUGAUGCUCAGGUGGUGUGUAGACAGCUGGGCUGUGGCAGGGCUCUGUCAGCACCACAAGGUCCACGCUUCGGACAGGGCAGCGGGCCCAUCUGGUUGGAUGAUGUCACAUGCACAGGCAGCGAAUCAAAGCUCAGCGAGUGCAGCCACAGAGGGGUUGGAUCUCACAACUGUAAUCACAAUGAGGAUGCUGGUGUGGUCUGUGAAGCUGGUUCACCAGUGAGGCUGGUCAACUCUGACAACCGGUGCUCUGGCAGAGUGGAAGUCUACCAUGAUGGACAGUGGGGGACAGUGUGUGACGAUAGCUGGGACCUGAGGGAUGCCAACGUGGUGUGUAGACAGCUGGGCUGUGGCACAGCUCGUUCAGCACUAACAAAUGCAGCUUUUGGACAGGGCAGUGGACCCAUCUGGUUGGACGAUGUCAGCUGUUCUGGAAAUGAAUCAUCAAUAACAGACUGCAGACAUCAAGGGUUUGGGGUCCACAACUGUGGUCACUUUGAAGAUGCCAGUGUUGUUUGUGAAGUUCAGCACCCUCCACUACAGCCUUCUCAUCUUAUUUGUGACCGUGAUAAACUCCAAGUGGGGCUGGAUUUGGCUCGCCUUACAUCCUCUGGUUUGAAUCCAUUCUCUGGCAACCUGGCAUCCUACAACUGCUCCUGGGUCAGAGUGCAAGAUGGUGUAGUGUGGUAUGAAGUGGAAGCCACAGCAGGUGCCUGUGGAAACACACUGAGGACCAACAGCACACAUGCCGUUUACUCCAAUAUUUUAUUUAUCUACCCAAUGAACAACACAUCCUUCAUCAUUCCUGUAAGUCUUCCCUUCUCCUGCGUGUAUCCCCUGGACACAGACACCAGCCUGAAUGUGGCUAUCAGACCAUUUCUGGGGCUGGCAGGUGGCAUUUCAGGCUCGGGUGCCAAAGCCAGAGCCUCCAUGUCUCUGUUCCGCAACUCCAACUACACCGAGACUUAUCCAGCAGGCCGGGUCACCCUGCCAGUAGGCUCACCGUUGUACGUAGGUGUCUCUGCGGAGGAGAGAGAUCCAAGCUUUGCAGUUGUUCUUGAGGACUGCUACGCCACUCACUCAUCAAACCCUGAUGAUUCCAUGCAACACCCUCUCAUCCAGAACAAGUGUCCCACUGACCGCCAACAGGUGUCAGUGAUUGAGAGCGGCUCAUCCCUCCGGGCUCGUUUCUCUGCCCUGUUCUUCCUGCUCCACAAUGAAUACAGAGACGUUUACCUUCAUUGCAGCCUCAGCCUGUGCGAACGGAGGAGCUCCUCUUGUGUCCCACCUUGCACAAGUAGGACCUAUCGCUCUGUUUCCAACUCUGAUCGUCUGAGUACCCUCAGCAUUGGACCAAUCAUGUGGGACAAGUCACCUGAGUGAGCUGGUAACAGUAAUAAUACAAACAUAUUCCAUAUUGUGAUAUUAUUUUGUUUUUAAGAUAUAUUUUGUUCAUAAGACAUAAGAUAAUUAAAAACUGGUGUUACAUGGUAUAAUGCAUUGUAUUAUUAAUUCUAUUUUUCAAUUCUAAUAACUUUGUUAUGGUUGGGUUAUUAAUAAGGUUAUAAUGAAAGUGAAGGUACCAAUAAUUUUCUUCUUCUCUGUGUGAAUUACCACUACAGCCCUGAUGUGACUGUAUUUCAUUUAAAUGACUAAGCCUAUUUUUAAAUGCAUUGAUUAUUGUUUAGAUCCAAUGACAAAUUGCUCAUAUUAUGGUGUAAACUGUGCAACUGAUAUGUGUAUGUGGGAUAAAAUAACCUUGUUUUUAAAAACUAAACUCUGUACCUUGAUAAUGGAAUAUGCAGUAGUUCACAAAUAAAAUUUUAAAAUGGCAACCAUGGCACAUUA